UUUAGUCAAAGUUCAGGCCAUACGAAAAUAUUAACCCUAGAUGAAAAACUAAAAAAUUGCAUAUUUUAACGACUUUUCAAAUUUAAAUAGUAUGUUUAUUCCAAUUCUUAAAUUCAAGUGGUAUCCGAAAUAUUUUACCUAAUUUGCUGCAUUUAGAAGUCUUGAAUCGUGGCAUCCCAAAACCGAUUCGGCAGCCAUUUUCACGGAGAUCCUCUGCUGUCCAAAUUUCCUUUCUCCGAUUUCCGUCUCGAAUUUCACACCAUUGUCAAAUUCGGUUGCGUUGAUUCUUCUUCUAUGGAUUCCGUGGCGAAGUCGGGAACUACGGCGGCGACACCGAAGGGCGCCGGCGGGAGACGCGGAGGCGAUCGGAAGAAGGCGGUUUCCAAGUCGGCGAGGGCCGGGCUCCAGUUCCCCGUCGGCCGUGUUUUCCGGUUCUUGAAGAAAGGCCGGUACGCUCAGAGGUACGGAGCCGGAGCUCCGAUCUACCUUGCUGCUGUUCUCGAGUAUCUCGCCGCCGAGGUGCUGGAACUAGCUGGGAAUGCGGCGAUGGACAACAAGAAGAACAGGAUAAACCCGAGGCACCUUCUUUUGGCGGUGAGGAACGACGAGGAGCUGGGGAAGCUGCUGCAGGGAGUCACCAUUGCUAGUGGAGGUGUUCUGCCCAAUAUCAACCCAGUGCUCUUGCCCAAGAAGAAGAUCUCUGAAACAUCGUCUGCAUCGGAACCCAAUUCCCCAAAGAAGAAGGGCGCCUCAACCUGAAUGAAUCCACAGAGGCUAGACUCCAUUAGAUUCGUUUCCGUGUAAUUGAAUAUGAUUUGUAGUUGUCAAAUGUCAGCCAUGGCAGUAGUAGUUUUUUAGUGCUUAGAGAAAGGUCCCUGUUGAUUGUCCUUCUCUUCACUGGAUUUUAGUUUGUAGUUUUCUGACCAAAAGUUCAUAAUGGAAAAAUAACCCCCUUUCCUUGCUGAGUUCGAUCGUAAUGGAAAAAUCAAUAUAGUGGUUCUUCGUGC